AAUAAUAGAAUCAGAAUCAGAAUCACUGAGGUCACGGAGAUGGUGCAGAUCUUUACUGCAGCUGCUGAAGACAUGAAGGAUGAAGGAUGUGUUCAAUCUGACAGAAAAAUGAUCAACACAAAACUCUUCCGAGGCUUCGGCUGUGUGAGGAGAAAGGUGUGUGUGUGAGCGUGACGGUGUGUCUGUACUGUGUGUUGUUCUGGUCACCAUCACAUCGCCUGUUGUGACCGUUUCUCCUUUGGCUUGUGUGUGUGUUCUGAAGCAGGAGCACUGGGGUCUUCCUCUGACCGGACGCUUAGUCAACACUGCUACAGGAAGUGAACAUUGUAAAGUCAUUGUUAAAAGGAAGAAUCUCAGAGACUUUUGACGGUUGCUUGGUUGUUAAAGCAGGUUUCCGUUCUUUAUAAACAUGACUUGAUAAUUGUUUGAAUAAACUGGUGUUCCUAAUAAAGUGGACUGGAUUACAGACUCUGAUCCUCACAGUGGUGUGUGUGACCUCAGGGAUCCUGCCACACGUCCAGAACUGUAAAGGCCUGGUGAGGAACAUGUCUAAGCGUGAAGAUCUUACACCUCAACCUGAAAACAGAGCUGAUGAGAAGAAGGUGGAAUUUCAUGGUCCUCUGAUGAGUGGGAAGAUGCAGAAGGACGAGCUGCUCAGGUUUAUUCAGUGGAAAUGUCAGGAGAGUUUCUGUCAUCUGAACGAUUCUGAUCAACAGAUAUUUUAUUUCUUCUGGCUGAUUAUGGAGCUCUUCCUCAAACCAACUGAGACGAGAGUAAUGACGGCUGAAAUCGCCGCAGUUCUCUUCAAGGGCUGCAGCUCUGUGAGGAGAAAGCUCGGAUGUGUUCAUCUGGUCUGGUGUCUUUCUCUGACCAAACUUUUGUGCUCUUCUGCUAAAGAAGAUGAAAAGCGAAAAGCCGUUGUUAAACUGGGAGAUGAAUUUGUUUCCAGAGGAUGGACGUAUGCAGGGCAAAUCUGUUAUGUGGUGGCACAAAUGGAGCUGGGAUCACGCAAAUCAUUUGAACUGAUUGGUUGUGAGGAGAAUAAAAAUCGUCCAGUCCCCAAAGACGUGUUGGAGAGAACUGAGGUGUAUGAGUACGUGUUGUCUCAGACCUCAGGGUUCGGACAGCCACACUUCCAGCUGUUCAAGUACACUUACGCCUUUACGCUAGCCAAGGCUGGAGUUUCUGAUCAAGCACUUGACUACUGUGAAGGAACGGCUCGAAGCAUCUUCACCAUGCCUCGGUACGUCGACAGCUUCCUCACUGAAAGGGUUAUAAAGCUCUCUAAUGAACUGCUUCAAGAGGAGGCAGAAAAAAGCGAGUGGCUGCUAAAACUUUGCCGUCUGCUCAGAGUUGUGUGUACACCAUCUUCUGAAGGUUCUGGUGACCAGGAGCUGCCCAGAUCAGUUGAGGAGUUCCAGGAGGAGUUAGAUUCACGCUACACUGUAGGAGAGCUGUUGGGUAAAGGAGCAUUCGGUGCCGUCUACGCUGGCGUGUGUAAAGCAGAUGGGAGAUCAGUUGCUUUGAAAUACGUGACCAAAACUAUCAAAGAAUCAUUUCCUGGGACAAAGCCUCGGGAGGUGGAGUUACUGGAGAUGGUGUCCAAGCCUCCCCGCUGUGAGUAUGUGGUGGAGCUGCUGGAGUGGCUCGACGUGUCCACUUCUUUUAUCUUGGUUCUGGAGAGACCGAGUCCCUGUAUUGACCUCCGAGGAUUCCUUCAAAUGAACAAGAAUAAUCUUCUCUCUGAACACGAGGUUCGAGAGAUCAUGUGGCAGGUGCUUCUGGCUGCUAGUCACUGCACCGACCGCAACGUUUUUCACGGAGACCUCCAGUCCAAGAACUUUCUGUUGAAUACAGACACGAUGAAGGUGAAGCUGAUAGACUUCGGAUGUGGGUAUUUGGUGUCAGAUUUCUACACGAGCAGUACAGGACAUAUUACUAGCCUCUGGAGUCUGGGUUUGCUCAUGGUGGAGUUGAUCUGUGGAACCAUUAACUUUGACUCUACAGAUCAGAUGAUUAACACGUGUUCACAGUUUGUUUCUGCAGAGAGCGUCAAACUGUUAACAAUGUUCCUGAAAAAUAACACAAACGCUCCAACUUAUAAAGAAAUCAUGAGGCACAGCUGGUUUAAAAAGAGACACAGUCCAGUUUCUCAGGCUCCGCCUUCAUAACAAACAAAAUCCAGAAAAAACAACAACAUAAAAACAAAAUAGUGUUGGAUCACGCCCCAAUAGCCAGACCCACCUCAACCCCACCCCCGCCCCAGCCCAUAUGCUCUCACCUCUCAACCCCAUCAGACCUUCUGACCUCCCCGUGGUCAGUAGCCUCCUUCUAGCUUCGCACUUUAAAAGCUUCCAAAAAGCAUUACUGGCAUCAGCAGAAGUCCUCAGGGCUCCACUGUAGAAGCACAAGAUCAUGCUGCUGUGUGUUUCAGUGGUUUUCAGGAAACACAUUCAUACCUCACUCCUUCCACUCUGGGCUUGUAACCUCAGCCGGUCUGAUGGAAGACCAAUGGACUGUUUCUUUUGGCAGCAGCAGAAUUGUGUUUCAGAGCCACAACUGGUCCAGUUAGACUUUAUAGCUUACAGCUGUGGAAGUCUACUGAUGUAUAAUAAUGAUCCGAUCUCCCCUUCAGUCACAGCUCAGAGCCUUGGGGUAACUAUGGACCAUCAACUGUCCUUUUCCUAACAAGUUGUUAAUGUGACACGCUCAUUUUGGAUCCUUCUCUAUGACAUCAGAAGGAUUUGGCUGCUCAGGUACAUGUUCAGGCUCUUGUCAUCUCAACACUGUACUUCAGCUCUCUCUAUUAGGUCUACAUCUUCUGCAAAUGAUCCAAAAUGCUGCUGUGUGACUUGUUUUCAACCUGCCUAAGUUCUCCACACCACCCCACUGCUGUGUUCCUCCACUGGCUCCUGUAGCUGAACACAUCAGAGUUAAACACUGAUGCUUGUCUUCUAAAACCAGACCAUCUCCCUCUUACCCCAAAGCCCUCAUCACUCCUCACACUGCACCUCACACCCUCAGAUCUACAGCACUGCUCCACUGGUCUCACCAUCUCUCAGGGUAAGAGGGAAGUUUACUACAAGACUCUUUUCUGUUCUGCACCGAGGGGGAGGGAUGAACUUCCCCAGAGGUCUGGACAGCUGAGUCACUGGAUAUCUUUAAAUGACGAGUGAAGACCUACUUAUUCAGGAAACACUGCAACUAGCACUUUCUCCAUGUUUGAUGUAUGUGUGUAGUUAAAAAACCAAUUUGAACAGUGUUUUAGUCUCAUGGUAUCUUCUGUAACCUAGUGAACCACACUUAAUGUAUUCAAUGAUAGACUUAAGCAUGUUUAUACGUCGCUCUUUACACAUGCUGUCUUUCACAUUUCACAUUUCAGUUGAUUGCUGUUUUGCACAAUACAUUACAAUAGCAGUAUCUCUGCAAAUGAACUAUAGUACAUACAGUAUGUACACUGGUCAGUGCUGCUUUUGUGUAUCCUUUCUCUGCAAUUCUGUAUUCUUUGUCCUGCACUGUCUUCUUGUCUCAUGUCUCACACUGUGUACACCAGGUUGUACAGAUACACUUUAUGUGUCUAGGACUAACUUACUUCAGUCCUUAUCUGUGUCUUUCUCUGUAGCUCCCUGGUCCUGGGGGAACGUCGUGUCAUGUCACUGUGUACUGUGUCACAUAUAUAUGGUCUAAAUGACAAUAAAAGCUUACUGACUUGACUCGA